GGUAAGCCGGCGCUUCACUCCGUGCCCAUAAUGGAUACAUGAUGAAGGAAUCGUGUGAUAGAAUGCGGGGAUGAACCAAAGUAAAGAGGCUUCAGAAUGAUGAGAGUAUAUAGAUAACAACGGCCCAAAUCAUCGGGUCCUAAACACAACCCCUAGCGAUCAACACCUUCAGCACGUCUCGCAUAUCUCAAAUCAGCUUCAGACCUCAGCUACAGCAUAAAUGAAAUCGACUCUAUACACAGUCGCCGCUGUGGCUUUCGGCGCGGUCAAUAUUGCUGCACACGCCACGUUCCAGGACCUAUGGAUAAACGGUGUGGAUUAUGGCGCAAGCUGCGCCCGUUUACCUAGGUCCAACUCCCCCGUGCAAGAUGUGACAUCGAAGGACAUUGCCUGCAACGCCGGCACAUCGCCAGUAUCAGGCAAAUGCUCCGUCGCCGCCGGCGACAUAGUGACGGUGGAAAUGCACCAGCAGCCCGGUGACAGGAACUGCGCCAACGAAGCCAUUGGCGGCGACCACCACGGGCCGGUGCAGGUGUACAUGGCGGCGGUCUCGAACGCCGCAAGCGCAGCUGGGUCGGAUGCGUCGUGGUUCAAGAUCUUCGCCGACACGUGGGCGUCGAAUCCGAGCGGCUCCAACGGCGACGCCGAUUUUUGGGGUAGUAAGGAUUUGAACAAGUGCUGUGGACGGAUGAGCGUUAAGAUCCCCAACGAUAUCGCGCCCGGUGAUUACUUGUUGCGCGCUGAGGAACUCGCGCUGCAUUCCGCUGCGAGUAGCGGCGGUGCCCAGUUCUAUAUGACAUGCUUCCAGCUCACGGUGACGGGAUCCGGCACCGCGAAGCCCGCGGGUGUGAAGUUGCCUGGCGCGUAUGCUGCGAGCGACCCCGGUAUCUUGGUCAAUAUCCAUGCGUCUAUGGCCACUUACAUCGCCCCUGGUCCUACUGUGUACUCGGGCGGUUCAACGAAGAAGGCUGGCACAGGGUGCCAGAACUGCGAGUCGACUUGCGCGGUUGGCAGUAGCCCGACGACGUCGGCGUCGAAUGGCGGGGGCGGCAGCGGACCGUCAACAACGAUAAGAACAUCGACGACGACUAGAAGUGGUUCUAGUCCUACGGGUUGCACCGCCGCUUUGUAUCAGCAAUGCGGAGGCAUUGGCUAUACGGGUUGUACUGCGUGUGCUUCAGGAACGUGUAAUGCCCUCAACGACUACUAUUCGCAGUGCCUUUAAUUAUAUAGUAUGAAUCCGACGAUGUGGCUUUAUGCGCAUUCGGUGUUCUGUGAUGGAAAGUGUUUGGAGCAACUAGUUGUGAAUAUUAGUUGCAUCCCAGAGCAGUGGUUGCUGUUACAUGUCAACACUGCCUGUUUAAACUGUUCUAUAUUAUUUGUAUAUUGGGUAUAUUAAGGUUAUAUAUACAGGCUUUUUCACCUCAUGAAUGUUGCUUCCAUCCUUCACUGUCACGUUG